AUGCCUCCCAAGCCAGCCGACCAGAACCUCGUCGAUCACGCCUGGGUCAAGACAAUGCUCGCUGGAACCUUCACCCCCGCCAAGGUCACUGCUCCCACAGCCAGACGCAAGGAGAGCGAGAAGGAGAUGAGAGAAACCAGGGGCCCGGCCGCUGGUAACUACAUUGAUGGAAACGCCGAAUUCGCGACGUACUAUCAGAAGAUCAACGGAAAGCCCACCUUCACCCUGACCGGAACCGACCUCACCAGGGUCAAGGGCAUUGCAGCAAAGCCCGCCAAUAUCCGGGUGCCCUAA